GCCACAUGCUGCUGGACGACGGCCUGUCCACAGUGUGCGCCUUGCAGACGCUGCAGGCCGAGUGGGAGGUGGCUCAGGCGAAGACCUGCGAGGACGACGAGGUCGCCUUCGUCUUCGACACUCGCCUUGUGAAGGUCUUCACGGAAGGUGUCUUCCUCGAGUUCGUCCGUUACGACACCGAGCAGAUCGAGGUGCGGGUCGCCUUUCAAACCGGCGCCCAUGACGUGGACAACAACAAAUACCAGGCCACCUCGCUGUACGACAUGGUGCGGGUGGUCCGCCUCAUGAAGGCAAAGGUCAACAACAAUGACUAUGCUCAGGU